AUGUAUUUAAAAGUGGUGUUGCUGUGUGUGUGCAUUUUGAUAUUGACCAGCCCCGUAACUGAAGGACGACGUGGCCGUGGCAGAGGUCGUACCAAAUCGAGAGUACAAAUUGGUUUACCCAUUACAGGGAAAUAUAGAGAUCCCGAAUCGGAUCAAUAUUACAAUAAUAAUAAUGGUGCGAAAAUUUUGCAAGCUUCCCACUUUGAUUAUGAAUAUGUUUUGGGCCACAAAAUUGCCUUUUUGUGUGUGGCCAAGGGUAAUCCAAGGCCCCAGAUCACUUGGUACAAGGAUGGUACGGAGAUUUUCCAGCAUUUGUAUAUGCAUGUCCAUGAAUGGCGUAUUGGUGAGGAUCGUGUCAAAUCGAAAAUUGAAAUUGAUCCGGCCACCCAAAUGGAUGCAGGGUUGUAUGAAUGUACCGCCGAUAAUAUGUAUUCCAUAGAUCGUCGUAGUUUUAAAACAGAUUUUUCAAUUGCUUUCGAUUAAAAC